CCACUUUCCAAUGGUUGUUUGCUUGAGCUUGCGGCACUCCCAUGGCGAGCUCUCACUCCCUCCCCUGAACCCUAACCAUCUUCUUCGCCAAGAAACCCUAGAAAUUUCCUUGAUCUGAAGGGUUCUGAUGCUGCUGGUGGUGCUCACGGAUCACGCGGCUGCAGAAGAUGUCGUUUCCUCCUCCCUCUUCUUCUGCUUCUUCUCCACCGCCGCCGAGGCCGUUGCUUCGAGCUGAGACAGCUGGGAACCUUGGCGAGAACGUCUUCGAAAGCGAGGUCGUGCCAUCGUCCCUUGUUCAGAUCGCCCCCAUUCUCCGCGUUGCCAAUGAGGUCGAGCCCAGAAACCCUCGUGUCGCUUAUCUCUGCCGGUUUUAUGCUUUUGAGAAGGCUCAUAGACUUGAUCCGACUUCAAGUGGGCGUGGUGUUCGCCAGUUUAAGACAGCACUUAUGCAACGACUAGAAAGGGAGAAUGAUCCAACUAUGAGGGGAAGGGUUAAAGAUAGUGAUGCAAAGGAAAUGCAGAGCUUCUACCAGCAUUAUUACAAAAAGUAUGUCCAAGCUCUGCAAAAUGCGGCUAGUAAGGCUGAUCGUGCUCAACUCACCAAAGUGUAUCAAACUGCUUCUGUCUUGUUUGAGGUGUUGAAGGCUGUCAACAUGACUCAAUCUCUUGAAGUUGAUCAUGAGGUAUUGGAAGCUCAUACCAAAGUUGAAGAGAAGACAAAAGUAUAUGUGCCUUAUAACAUUCUUCCUCUUGAUCCUGAUAGUUCAAAUCAGGCUAUUAUGCAAUAUCCUGAGAUUCAAGCUGCUGUUAAUGCUCUUCGAAAUACCAGAGGCCUACCAUGGCCAAAGGAUCAUAAGAUGAAGGAUACUGAAGACCUGCUUGACUGGCUGCAGUUUAUGUUUGGUUUCCAGAAGGAUAAUGUGUCGAAUCAAAGGGAACACUUGAUUCUGUUACUGUCUAAUGUUCACAUACGGACAUUCCCAAAGGCUGACCAACAGCUUAAGUUGGAUGAACGUGCACUAGAUGAGGUCAUGGAGAAACUCUUCAAGAACUACAAGAAGUGGUGUGAAUAUUUGGGACGCAAAAGUAGCCUCUGGCUACCAACCAUCCAGCAGGAAGUGGAACAGCGGAAGCUCCUGUACAUGGGUCUCUACCUUCUUAUAUGGGGUGAAGCUGCAAACCUGCGAUUUUUGCCAGAAUGCCUCUGUUAUAUAUAUCAUCAUAUGGCAUUUGAACUUUAUGGAAUGCUAGCAGUGGCAGGUAAUGCAAAUCCUAUGCCUAGUGACAACAUAAAACCAGCGUAUGGUGGCGAGGAAGAAGCUUUCUUAAAAAAAGUUGUCACCCCUAUUUACCAGAUAAUAGCAAAGGAAGCUGAAAUUAGCAAGCGUGAGAAGUCAAAACAUUCUCAGUGGAGAAACUAUGACGAUUUGAAUGAAUAUUUUUGGUCAGUGGAUUGUUUCCACUUAGGUUGGCCUAUGCGAGGUGAUGCUGAUUUCUUUUGUCAACCUCGAGGUUCAUUUAUUGAGACAAAUGGAGAGAAGAAACCAGCAAGUGGAGACCGAUGGAUUGGGAAGAUUAAUUUUGUUGAAAUACGGUCAUUUUGGCACAUUUUUCGUAGUUUUGGUCGGAUGUGGAUCUUUUUUAUCUUAUCCCUACAGGCUAUGAUUAUUCUUGCUUGGAAUGGUGGUUCACCAAGUGAUAUCUUUGAUGCUGGAGUAUUUAAGAAGAUCCUGAGCAUUUUUAUAACCGCUGCUUUUCUGAAACUUGGACAAGCUGUUCUUGACAUGAUUCUUAGCUGGAAAGCAAGGACAAGUAUGUCUUCUGCUGUAAGGCUGAGAUAUAUUUUGAAGGUAUUUUCAGCUGCUGUAUGGGUGAUAAUAUUACCAAUAACGUAUGCCUAUACUUGGGAAAAUCCUACUGGACUAGCAAGAUCAAUUAAAAGCUGGGUUGGAAAUGGUCAGAGCCAACCUUCAUUGUAUAUUGUAGCUGUGAUUGUGUACCUAUCACCAAAUGUGCUUUCUAUCCUGUUGUUCGUCUUUCCAUUCCUAAGACAGUUCCUGGAAAGUUUGGACUAUAAGAUUGUAAUGCUCAUGAUGUGGUGGUCUCAGCCUCGUCUAUAUUUAGGAAGGGGAAUGCGUGAAAGCUCCAUCUCAAUUUUCAAGUACUCAUUGUUCUGGUUACUUCUCAUAGCUACAAAGUUGGCCUUUAGUUAUUAUAUUGAGAUCAAGCCUCUUGUAGGCCCAACAAAAGAUAUCAUGAGAGACCUUAUAAGAACUUUUCAAUGGCAUGAGUUCUUCCCCCAUGCUAAGAGCAACAUUGGUGUUGUAAUUGCACUCUGGGCCCCGAUAGUUCUCGUUUACUUCAUGGAUGUCCAAAUCUGGUUUGCUAUUUUUUCCACAUUACUUGGUGGAAUAUAUGGAGCAUAUCGUCGACUUGGAGAGAUUCGCACAUUAGGAAUGUUAAGAUCCCGGUUUCAGUCUAUGCCCGGUGCUUUUAAUGCGCGUCUUAUACCAGUGGAAAAAGCGGGGGAGACAAAAAAGAAGGGGCUAAAGGCUUCUCUCUCCCAAAGAUUUGCUAGGAUACCACCUAGCACAGAGGAGAAGGAGGCAGCAAAGUUCGCACAAAUGUGGAACCAAAUAAUCAGUAGUUUCAGGGAAGAAGAUCUAAUAAGUGACAGGGAAAUGGAUUUGCUACUUCUUCCUUAUUGGGCAGAUCGAGAGCUAAAUCUUAUCCAAUGGCCUCCUUUCUUACUUGCUAGCAAGAUCCCAAUUGCGUUGGACAUGGCCAAAGAUAGUAAUAGAAAAGAUCGUGAGCUGAAUAAGAGACUUGAGGCAGAUCAGUAUAUGUUUUCUGCUGUUCGUGAGUGCUAUGCCUCUUUUAAGAACAUUAUCAUAUACUUGGUUGAUGGUCCCCGUGAGAAAGAGGUAAUCAACAGCAUUUUUUCCAAGAUUGAUGAUCAUAUAGAAAAGGGUGCUGUCUUAAAAAAUUUGCAUAUGGCUGCUCUCCCUACUCUAUAUGGACAAUUUGUAAAAUUGAUCGAGUAUUUGAUGGCUAAUAAAGCAGAAGAAAGAGGUGAUGUUGUCAUUCUUUUCCAAGACAUGUUAGAAGUUGUGACAAAGGAUAUAAUGGAUGAAGAAUUUCCUGGUCUUCUAGAUUCUAGCCAUGGAGGUUCAUAUGGGAGGCAUGAAGGCAUGGCAAGUACUGAUCCAGAGUUUCAAUUGUUUUUAUCACCUGGAGCAAUCAAGUUUCCCAGACCAGAAUCUGAUGCUUGGACAGAGAAGUUUAAAAGACUUUAUAUGUUGCUUUCCGUUACGGAAUCUGCAAUGGACGUGCCAUCUAACCUUGAAGCCAGAAGGCGAAUUUCUUUCUUCACUAACUCUCUUUUUAUGAAUAUGCCUAAUGCACCCAAAGUUCAUGACAUGCUCUCGUUCUCUGUUCUGACACCCUACCGCAACGAGGAGGUUCUGUUCUCACUACAUGACCUUGAAGAGCAAAAUGAAGAUGGAGUCUCCAUCCUUUAUUAUUUGCAGAAGAUAUAUCCAGAUGAAUGGAAAAAUUUCGUUCAACGCACCAAUUGUAAAUAUGAUCAAGAACAUCAGAUGAGUGAAGAACAGGUGGAAGAGCUUCGUCUGUGGGCAUCAUACAGAGGCCAGACUUUGACCCGGACUGUUAGAGGGAUGAUGUACUACCGGAAAGCUUUGGAACUUCAAUCUUUUCUUGACAUAGCCUCAGAUGAAGAUCUCAUGCAUGGUUACAAAGCUGUAGAAUUAUCAUCCGAUGAACAAUCAUUAACAGGGAAAUCUCUGUGGGCACAGUGCCAAGCAGUUGCUGAUAUGAAAUUCACAUAUGUUGUGUCUUGUCAGCAAUAUGGAAUCCAAAAACGAUCUGGCGAUUCUCGUGCUCAGGAUAUUUUGAGGCUCAUGGCAACGUAUCCAUCGCUACGAGUAGCUUAUAUUGAUGAAGUGGAAGAAACCCAUGGUGGAAAAAUGGAAAAGGUUUAUUACUCUGCAUUGGUGAAAGCUGCUGGAGCUAGGCCUGAAAAUCCAGCUGAGCCAACCCCAAAUCUUGAUCAGGUUAUCUACCGUAUAAAGCUUCCUGGCCCUGCUAUAUUGGGUGAAGGGAAACCAGAAAAUCAGAAUCAUGCCAUUAUUUUUACUCGUGGUGAAGGUUUACAAACUAUAGAUAUGAACCAGGAUAACUAUAUGGAGGAGGCCCUGAAAAUGAGGAAUUUACUGGAAGAGUUUUUGCGAAAACAUGAUGGUGUGAGACAUCCUUCAAUUCUUGGUGUUCGAGAACAUAUUUUCACUGGAAGUGUUUCAUCUCUUGCAUGGUUUAUGUCGAAUCAGGAGACAAGCUUUGUGACAAUUGGACAACGUCUGCUUGCGAACCCAUUAAGGGUUCGAUUUCAUUAUGGUCAUCCAGAUGUGUUUGAUAGGCUAUUCCACAUCACCAGGGGUGGUGUGAGUAAAGCAUCAAAGGUUAUUAAUUUGAGCAAGGAUAUAUUUGCUGGUUUCAAUUCCACGCUUCGUGAAGGAAGUGUCACUCAUCAUGAAUACAUGCAAGUUGGCAAAGGAAGAGAUGUGGGUCUAAACCAGAUCUCUUUAUUUGAGGCAAAGAUGGCAAAUGGGAAUGGUGAGCAAACAUUGAGCCGUGAUAUAUUCAGACUUGGCCACCGCUUCGAUUUCUUCAGAAUGUUGUCAUGUUAUUUUACCACUGUUGGUUUCUACUUCAGUACUUUGAUGGCUGUUCUCACUGUUUAUGUAUUUCUGUAUGGGCGUCUAUAUCUUGUUCUUAGUGGACUUGAAGAGGGCCUAGCAACUGGUAGAAGAUUCAGUCAUAAUCAGUCUCUCCAGGUGGCACUUGCUUCACAAGCUUUUGUGCAAUUGGGUUUUCUGAUAGUCCUACCUAUGAUGAUGGAAAUUGGACUGGAAAAGGGAUUCUUCACUGCAGUUAGUGAAUUUCUGUUGAUGCAGUUGCAAUUAGCUUCUGUGUUCUUUACCUUUUCUCUCGGAACAAAGGCACACUAUUAUGGAAGGACAUUGCUCCAUGGAGGUGUUGAAUAUAGAAGUGCAGGUCGUGGAUUUGUGGUGUUCCAUGCUAAGUUUGCUGACAACUACAGAUUGUACUCUCGAAGCCAUUUUGUGAAGGCUAUUGAAUUGUUGAUUUUGCUUGUCCUUUAUGAAAUAUUUGGUCAAUCAUAUAGAUCAUCAGUUGGGUAUAUCUUCAUCACUAUUUCUAUGUGGUUUUUGGUGGGUUCAUGGCUUUUUGCCCCCUUCCUAUUUAAUCCUUCGGGGUUUGAGUGGCAAAAGAUUGUUGAUGACUGGAAUGAUUGGAACAAGUGGGUCAGCAACCGUGGGGGCAUUGGUGUGUCUGCCGAGAAAAGUUGGGAAUCAUGGUGGGAUAAGCAGCAAGAACAUCUCAAGUAUUCAGGGAAGCGGGGAAUCAUUGUUGAGAUAGCAUUGGGAUUACGCUUCUUCAUCUACCAAUAUGGCCUUGUAUACCACUUGAAUAUAACAAGAAAAACCAGAAGCCUUAUGGUCUAUGGGAUUUCCUGGCUUGUGAUUGUGGCUGUACUACUUGUUAUGAAAACGGUAUCUGUCGGGAGGCGAAGGUUUAGUGCCAAUUUUCAGCUUGUUUUCCGCCUGAUCAAGUUUCUCAUCUUUGUUACAUUUGUGUCCAUUCUGAUCACUUUGAUAGCGCUCCCUCAUAUGACUGCACAAGACAUCAUUGUAUGUUUACUUGCUUUUAUGCCUACUGGAUGGGGUUUGCUUCUGAUUGCACAAGCUUGUAGGCCUGUGAUGCGCAAGUUUGGCUUGUGGGGAUCCGUCCGGGCACUUGCCCGAGGGUAUGAGAUCAUGAUGGGCCUGCUGUUGUUCACACCAAUUGCCUUUUUCGCGUGGUUCCCUUUUGUUUCCGAAUUCCAAACAAGAAUGCUAUUCAAUCAGGCCUUCAGCAGGGGUUUGCAAAUUUCUCGUAUUCUUGGUGGGCAAAAGAAGGAUCGUUCAUCGCGCAACAGCAAGGAUUGAGAUCUCUCUCUGGAUGUUGUAUUUUUAUUGUUGUUAGCCUGUUUCUCUUUUGUAUUGCUAAUGUACAGUGAUAUUGUAAUGAUAUUUAUGUAAGAAAAUAUUUUUUUAGUGAAUGAAUUGAGAGACCAUUAACAA